ACAUGGAUUAGGGGCGGAAGCAAUUUCACCAAAGCUGGUCGUCGAACCACAACUAAAGAAAACAACAGCACCCAUAUGCAUAGAGAUGUCUCCUGGGCUCCCCAGACUCCCUAGAGGCGAACGUGAGGGGAACGAGAGAAGGGAAGGAUCAAGCCAGGAGAUCCUCCCGAUCUCGUCGAUUGAGCGAAUAUCCGAACGAGAGAGUGAAACAAUAGCCAACUUCCUACCACUAUCCUUUAGAGAGAAAUUGAGAGAAAUCCUAAUUAGUUCGAGAGACCCUAAGAAAAGCUUGGACCAAGCCAGAUCCAGGGCCGCCCAGAUCUUUGGUGAGAUAGAUCGGGCUGAGGGCGGGUGCGCCCCCAAUCAAGAUCAGAAGACGCCAGCGGGAGAGAAGGAACAUGAGGGCAUCAAUUUUGGCCCAAUUAAUGGGACAAAAUCAGCUGAGGAGAAAACGGUAUCAUCGGGGAGCGGAGGCCAAGGAUCUCCAACGGGCGAGAAUUCAACAGCCAAUUCAAGAUGCCAGGAGGAUGAUUUCACGGGGAAUCAAUGUCAAAGCAUGGAAGCACUCGAACGCUACCAGCGCAUUAUCGGAUAUCAACCGGCCCGGGAUGAAAGCACUUUGGUUCUCUGAGAUCAGAUUUUGGAGGACUCAAAAUGCAGACAAGAAUAUAUGGCAACCUCCUACAGAAGGAACCCUGAAGAUGAAUGUAGAUGGAGCGUUUUCACAAGACUCCGGAGAUGCUGCCGUUGGAGUAGUGGCCCGAGAUCACCUGGGACAUAUAUGUCUCGCUGCUAGCAUAGUCAUUGACAAAUUCAACGACGCGGAAGAAGCUGAAGCCUGUGCCAUCAAAGAGGGGCUUAGAUUGGGCUCCGAAUACGAUCUCAAGAUUGCUUCCAUCGAAUCGGAUUGUGCAAUAGCAGUGGCUGCUGCCAACAGAUCGGAGGCUCUGGCAUCAAGAUGUUGGAGUGUCUACAAGGACAUUCAGUUCCUGAUAUCUGUGAUACCCUGCUGUAAGGUGAUAAAAACACCAAGAGCCUGUAAUUCAGGUGCCCAUGGGCUAGCUAAGUUAGCUUCUGUUAGUGGAGACAGCCAUGUGUGGCUGACCCCUAUUCCUGAUAAUGUCUUAGAUUUUAUUUGUAAAGGAUAUGUGUACGAACCAGUGGAUGAAUGAAUGAGUUUGUACCCCCUCAAAAA